UCUAGGAAUAACGACAUACACGGCAUAAUGCUCGAUGAAUUGUUUUCGCGUCCUCGUACGAGCACGAUUUUCGAGACAAUCGUGCGAGGUUACAGUUACGCUCGACGAUGAUUCAACUAGCCGGUUUGUUGUACGGUUCGCGACGCGCAAUCCCGCUUGAAAUUCAGUAAUUAUUUUACGAAUGUUUUCAUCCUUUGCAACAUAAAUUAAAUAAAUACGGGGAUAAGCGAAAUAACAUCGGCGACAUAUAAUAAUGGCAGCCCAUAAGACAGGAGGACAGAGUACACGUAAGAAGAUACAGGUAUCCAUGGUCAUAAGAGAUGAAGUUGAAAGAAGGCACAGAGCUGGAGUUAAUUCUUUACAAUAUGAUCCAAUUUUACAUAGACUUUAUUCUGCUGGCAGAGAUAGUAUUAUAAGAAUAUGGAAUUGCAAGAAUAUGAAUGAACCUUAUAUACAGUCAAUGGAACAUCAUACAGAUUGGGUCAAUGAUAUUGUCUUAUGUUGUAGCGGAAAGACUCUUAUAUCCGCUAGCUCUGAUACAACAGUUAAGGUAUGGAACGCGCAUAAAGGAUUUUGCAUGUCAACGUUAAGAACUCAUAGGGAUUAUGUAAAAGCAUUGGCAUAUGCUAAAGACAGAGAACUAGUAGCUAGUGCAGGCUUAGACAAAACAAUCUACCUCUGGGAUGUAAAUACCCUUACAGCUCUCACUGCGAGUAAUAAUACAGUGACGACAUCAACUUUGUCUGGCAGCAAGGAUUCGAUAUAUAGCCUUGCUAUGAACGUUACCGGAACAGCUAUAGUUAGCGGAAGUACGGAAAAAGUUCUUAGAGUAUGGGAUCCAAGAUGUUGUACAAAACAAAUGAAAUUACGUGGCCAUACGGACAAUAUUAAAGCUUUAGUGCUAAAUAGAGAUGGCACCAAAUGUUUAUCUGCUAGUUCAGAUGGCACGAUUAAAUUAUGGUCACUCGGUGAACAAAGAUGUCUGCAAACUUACAGAGUACAUAACGAAGGUGUUUGGGCGUUAUUGGCUACAGAUACUUUUAGUCAUGUAAUAUCAGGUGGUAGAGAUAAAAGAGUUGUAAUGACUGAGUUAAGCCAUCCAGAGAAAUCUUUUGUUAUAUGUGAAGAAAAAGAACCUAUUCUCAAAAUGGCUAUGACCCCUGAUCAAUCGAGUAUUUGGGUUGCAACUAGUGAAUCUACCAUUAAUAAUUGGUCUAUAAGCCAAAGAGAUUGGCAAGAUAUUGGAGAUUAUUGUGACUCUGCCGGAGGAAUGGCAGGAAAUGUUGGUGUACCAUUAAAUACAGAACCGAGCCAGAGGAUAUUAGGAGCCCCUGCAAUACGACACUGCCAUAUCCUAAAUGAUAGGAGAUACGUUUUAACAAAAGAUACAGAUGAAAAUGUAGCGUUAUAUGAUGUAUUAAAAGCAUGUAAAGUGGAAGAUUUAGGUCGUGUAGAUUUUGAACAGGAGAUUAAAAAGAGAAAUAAGAUGGUUUAUGUUCCAAAUUGGUUUAAUGUCGAUCUCAAGACUGGGAUGUUGAGCAUCCAUUUAGGACAAGAUGAAAAUGAUUGUUUUUCUGCAUGGGUUUCUGCUAAAGAAGCCGGUCUUACGGAUAAUAAGAGUCAAGAUCAAAAAGUAAAUUACGGAAGCCUACUUUUACAAGCACUUCUUGAACACUGGUGGCGACCAAUGAACGCUGAUGAUGAUAAUGAGGGAAAUGGUAAUGAUGGAAAUGGAUCAGCACAUGAUAGUGGUAGAAAUUUGUACUUCUCUGUACCUGGUCAUACACCUGUAAUUUUCAGCGAAGUUGGCGGUAGAACAAUGUGUAGGUUACUAGUACGUGAUGCCGCAGGUGAAACAGAAAGUGUAUUAUUAAAUGACACGGUACCAUUAUGGGUAUCCAAUAUCGUAGCAAAUAAACAUCUUCCACAAUUCAUCAAAAUACCAUUUUAUUUAACUCCGCACGCAAGUUCCGGAGUGAAAAGUCUGAAAAAGGAUCGUUUAAUUGCAAAUGAUUUUAUACAAAUUCGAAAAGUGGCAGAACAUAUUUUUGAUAAAGCACUUUGUGCAGGCAGUGAUUCUGGUUUAGUAACUGGCGGUGGUAAUUCCGUAUCUGGUGGUUCUCCAGCAGGAGAUAGAGCUAAUACAGAUUCUAAUGCUGAUACAUCUUCAUUAGCCGAAGAAAAAGUUGAAAUUUUAUGUAAUGAUCAAGUUUUAGAUCCGUCUAUGGACUUGAGGACUGUAAGGCACUUUAUUUGGAAAAAUUCAGCAGAUUUAACACUUCAUUAUCGUCCUGUCAAAUAGUUAAUGCUGAAUACAUCAAAUUAUGGAUCCCUGAAGUGUGCCUGGUUUUGUACUGUUGUUAAAAUAAUGGAAAAUACAUGGGCUACUUGUAGAGUGCAAAAUCACAUACCAACUUCACUUUAUGAAAUAUUUAGCCUGUUUUCAAUGGAUGCUUCGUAAAGCGGGUGAAAGCAGAGAGGCACCUAUGGAGUACAUAAGAUUGAACAAGUUAAUAGGCAAUAACACGUCGAAGUAUUAACAGAAGUUAUUAAUUUUGUCUUUUUUUUUUUUUCUUCUUCUUUUUUUUAAAUGUAUAAAAAAUAAUGGUCUAUAUAUCCUGUGGCUGAACUUGUCCUUAUGAAACCAGGAAAUGUAAAAUUUCUUUUGCGAAUCAUGUGCUUUCUCGAAUUAGUAUGCUUUUUGUACCUGGAUAUAUUUAGAGUAUUAAAAAAAAAAAAAAAAGAAAGAAAGAAAGAAAAAGCUUAUCAGAGUCAGCCAGUUAGUGUCUUCCCAUUUGAAGUGUAUCACUUAUACAGGGUGAGUCUGUCUGUUAACAUAACAACUUAUUCGUAAAUUAUUCGUUGUACGAAAACAAAAUGUUUGAAAAGAAAAAUUGUGCAUGAUAUUUAAGAGAACAUAUUAUAACGCUCUAAUCGAUUUUUUCUUAUCUCACUUUUUUUUUUUUUUUUUAUUGAGAUAUUAAGGAUGAUCACCUUCAAUUUUUUUAAACGAAUAAAUAAUCAAAUUGUGCGUUAAAGAGAUAACAUCAAAUGAAACUCAAUGUAUAUAAUUACUGAGAUUACUUUUAAAUUAAUUAAUCUUCUAUUAGGAACAAAAAAGAAAAUAACUUGAUUCUUAACACGACUUUGUUUAUGACGGCAAGUCAUGUUUGUAAACAUGUUCCCAGUUUUAAACGUUUACAAUUAUCAAUAUGAAAUAUUGAAACAUCCACACUGCAUUUGCAAGAAGUUGACCAUCACAACACUGGUGAAAUUUGAAUGGUUGGUGCGGCAUAAUUGGUCACCAUUGGAUCAUUAAACUUCAUUGAAAGACCACUAACAGGUCAAACAUACUUCUUCACGUUCUUGUCUGAAUUACUGAUAGGCCUAUUAAAACAUGUACCAUGUUUAAUACAUCAAAUAAUAUAGUAUCAUGAUGAUACCACUUAAUAAAGCUGUCCAGUACAUUAUACUCAAAAAUCAUGGUAAGUAUUAGUAGAAUAUUUGUUCUAAUCGUUGGAUCGAUCAGACGUGUGUCAGUAACAUUGGUUGGUCAAACUCGUUUAUUAGAUUAAUAUUACUCGAUUAAUCAAAGAACAUUUAAGAAUGAAGUUUAUCGCGAAACCACCAACGACAGCCGAAGAUUUGCGACAACGUAUUAUUACUGUAUGAUUAUAAUAAUUACAAAAAUAUUAGAAAAAGUUCCUUUACUUACUGAUAAUUCGAUUACGUUAAAAUGCAUCGAUUGUAAUGGACAGUAUUUCAAAUAUCACUUGAAAUAAAACUUAUUUUAUAAAUAUCUCAAUAAUUAUUCAUUUUACGUCCCACUUUGUAUAAUUUUUAACACAAAAUUUGAUUAUUUAUUCGAACUUGACAAAACAAUCUUAAACAUUCUAUUUAAAAAACUGAAGGUGAUCCUAAAAUCUUAAUUAAAAAAAAAACAAAGGAAGAUAAUAGAAAACAGAUUAGAGCAUUAUAUGUCUACUACCUAAAUAUCAUGCACAACUUUUGUUUGUGUAACAUUUUAUUGUAUCACAAAUAAUUUACGAGUUAUUUGAAGUAAUGUCAUGUUAAGAGACUCUCCUCAUUCUGUAUAAAAACGAAUAGCAAAAGCACAAUAGAGAUCGAGUGGUGCAUGGCCCCAGGAAAUCACUGCUUACUAUUGUUCCCUGGUAAAAUGAUUUUAAUAUUUAAAAAAAAAAAAAAA